UGUUUGUAUUCCGCCAUGGCUAACUUGACGGCGCUUGAACCUGACAGCGGAGCGACCACAGGCGGGGGAAAGCCUUCCCUCACUCACACUCACCGAGUGAAAGGCGUCUUGCUCUCUGCUGGCUCCCGACUGAGCCUCGCGCAAGACAAACAGACGCUCGGAACACCAGCGACACGGCGCUUGCUUGCGUUAAACAUGGCUGAUACAAGUUUGAACGAGUCGUCCACCGAGGACGUUGCUAAUAGGUUUGCUCGCAAAGGCGCCCUGAGGCAGAAAAACGUCCACGAAGUGAAGAACCACAAGUUUACAGCCAGGUUCUUCAAGCAGCCGACUUUCUGCAGCCACUGCACGGACUUCAUCUGGGGCUUUGGAAAGCAAGGAUUCCAGUGCCAAGUUUGCUGUUUUGUGGUCCAUAAGAGGUGCCAUGAGUUUGUCACAUUCUCCUGUCCAGGAGCUGAUAAGGGGCCAGACACAGAUGAUCCCCGAACGAAACAUCAAUUUAAGAUCCACACAUUUGGGAGCCCGACCUUCUGUGACCACUGUGGCUCUCUGCUGUACGGCCUCAUCCACCAGGGGAUGAAGUGUGACACGUGCGAUAUGAACGUCCACAAGCAGUGCGUCAUGAACGUGCCCAGCCUGUGUGGGACUGACUACACAGAAAGGAGGGGGCGGCUUUUCCUCAAGUGUGAGGUCACCGGAGAGAAGCUGCAGGUCACAGUUGGUGAAGGCAGGAAUCUGAUACCCAUGGACCCCAAUGGCCUGUCUGAUCCAUAUGUCAAACUCAAGCUCAUACCUGAUCCCAAAAAUGAGACCAAGCAGAAGACCAAAACCAUCCGCUCCAACCUCAACCCCAAAUGGGGCGAGACCUUUACCUUCAAACUGAAACCCACAGACAAGGACCGCAGGCUGUCUGUGGAAGUGUGGGAUUGGGAUCGGACAACCAGGAAUGAUUUCAUGGGCGCCCUUUCUUUUGGUGUGUCGGAGCUCAUGAAGGCUCCGGCGUGUGGCUGGUAUAAGUUGCUGUGCCAGGAGGAGGGGGAGUAUUACAAUGUUCCCAUCUCAGAGGAGGAUGAUGGGAAUGAAGAACUGAGAUUGAAAUUUGAGGACCAAACACUUUUGGAAGACUCUGAUCAGAAAGCCAAGCUGGGCCCUGCAAAGAAGGCUACAACCGAGACAGAUGGCAGUCCAUCCAGCCAGCUCCCAAUCAACAGCUUGGACCAGGUCAAACUCAGUGACUUCACCUUCUUGGCUGUACUUGGGAAAGGAAGCUUUGGCAAGGUCAUGCUGGCAGAGAUGAAGGCCACGGAAGAGCUGUACGCAAUAAAGAUCCUGAAAAAGGACGUAGUGAUUCAGGAUGACGAUGUUGAAUGUACCAUGGUGGAGAAGAGAGUACUGGCCCAGGAGGAGAAACCGCCCUUCCUCACGCAGCUACACUCGUGCUUCCAGACUGUGGAUCGUCUUUACUUUGUCAUGGAGUAUGUGAAUGGAGGAGACCUCAUGUAUCACAUCCAACAAGUGGGCAAGUUCAAGGAACCGCAGGCAGUGUUCUAUGCAGCAGAGAUCGCUGUUGGUCUCCUCUUCCUUCACAAUAAAGGAGUCCUCUAUAGAGACCUUAAGUUGGACAACGUGAUGCUUGACAGUGAGGGACACAUUAAGAUUGCUGACUUUGGCAUGUGUAAAGAGAACAUGUCAGAUGGAGUGACCACUCGCACCUUCUGUGGUACUCCAGACUACAUCGCCCCUGAGAUUAUUGCAUAUCAGCCAUAUGGACGCUCUGUGGACUGGUGGGCUUAUGGAGUGCUUCUAUAUGAAAUGUUAGCUGGACAGCCUCCUUUUGAUGGAGAGGAUGAAGACGAGUUGUUCCAGUCCAUUAUGGAGCACAACGUGUCCUACCCAAAGUCCUUGUCCAAAGAGGCCGUUUCUAUCUGCAAAGGGCUAAUGACCAAGCAUCCGUCCAAGCGUUUGGGCUGCGGCCUUGAAGGAGAGCGGGAUGUCAGGGAACAUGCCUUCUUCAGACGUAUUGACUGGGAACGCCUUGAGAACAAGGAGAUACAACCGCCCUUCAAGCCCAAACUGAGUGGCAAAGGAGCCGAGAACUUUGACAAGUUCUUCACACGCACGCAGCCUCAGCUCACACCUCCCGACGAGCUGGUGAUCGCCAACAUCGACCAGGCCGAGUUCGCAGGCUUCUCCUUCAUAAACCCGCAGUUUGUACACCCAUCGCUCAACAACAGCGAAUGAGCGGGAUGGCCAAACGCCUCACCCCCUCCGUGCCCGAACGUGAAAGAUCUCUACUCACUGCCAUUCACUAAAAAAAAAGCAACAGCCUAACAUAUGACCACCACUUGACAUUACAAAACUUGAUGCAGGAUUGUAGGGCAUGCUUAUUUAUUUUCUGCGGUAUAUUUUGCAGUCUAGAUUACGUUUGAUUUAGACUCUGCCGCCACAAGAAGUCAUUUCUUUUAGUUUAAUCAUGAGCAUGUAUUGUGUACAAUGAUGUCCUUUUUAUUGAAAGUUUACUCCAAAACUGGACGCACUGAGACAAAAUAGUGUUUAUCAAUGCCAGUAUAUGAUGUAAGUAAAGUAUUACAUUAAUUUGUGGCUAUAUAUUAUCGAAGCAAGACCAUUUGAAAGGAGCGUUCAAAGCAUGGGUUCAUUCUGUAGAAGAUGCAUGUACUGUAUGACUUAUUUAAGAAGUAUUCUCAUCCACACAUACGUCUAGUUGUUGGCUCAUAGUUUGUUUUUUCAUGAAGAUUUAUGAAUAGCCUGAAGGUACCUCCUGCCCGGGGGAACAAAGCUAUCAUAGCCAAAUAUGAAGGAGAGAUGGUGCAAACAUUGAAAAAGCACCUUGUGAUUCAAUGUUCCUUUAUCAUGUUUACAGCUUUCUGCCUGUUUAAUUUAUUUGUCUGUAAGAUUUUAGUAUCAUUUGAUUGUCUCAAUUGCCAGUGGUGGCAAAAAUGAGGUCAUAUUUUAAUACAAGAUGCAUCAGAGCCUGAAAAAGAGCCAUUAUUUUUUGCCACAACUAGCUCCAAAUUACAAAACCCUACUAAACUUCAAAUCACUUCAUUUCUCUGCAGAACAUACAAUCGCUUAAUAAUUCUUUGUACACAUUUAUGAACCCUUAUGACUCUUAACUCACCGGACGCAAUUACAUUUUGUUUAUGCCUUUAAAAAUAAUGACUAAAAGUUUACACUGUGACUCCAACUGUCUCUAAAAAUUACUCAGAAGUACAAAUCCUGCUAACAGUAAAAAAAAUAAAAAUAAUAAUAAUAAUAACUUGCUGUUUUUAGAAAUGAUCAUCCUUGUCAUCAAAAUAUACAGAAUUUAAUAAUAUAAUAUACAGGAUGGUUUCUUGGAUACAGUAGUUACUGGAUAAUUAGGAUGCAAUGUUUCCGAUGUUGUCCGUAAGAAAACAAAUAUUUAUUAGAUUUAUUUCAAAAGUAGAAUAGGGUAUCUUUUUUUUUGUUGUUUCUUGUUUUUGGUUUCAGAGCUAUAAAUGUUUGUAUCACCCCUAUCUUUUUUGUAAUUAGAAAUUUGAAUUUAUCUAAAUCACUGUAUAACUCAUUUUGUAAAUAAUAAUUAUGGGUUAUUUAAAAAGAGUCUAGCAAAUUUUUAUACUAGCAUCUAAAUCUGAUUUUCUUACAUUGUUAAGAGGAUCCACAGAUAAAGUGCAGUUCAACAGAGUAACAUCUUCAAACGAAAGUGGACAAAAUAUUGCAAUUUCCUCCUUUAGAAUGAUUGAACACUUUUUAUUUUCAUUUGAUGUGUUGGACGAGCAUGCACGUGUUAGCGUCGCACAUGAACGUGAAUCAUUAAAUGCAGCAUGCCACCAAAAUGUAAUACUCAAUUAAACCAUAAAGUGAAACUCUCCUCCAAGGGCACAGAUUGUACUGGGGACUAUAUAUAUAUAUAUAUAUAUAUAUAUAUAUAUAUAUAUAUAUAUAUAUAUGAAUGAUUGGUCGUCGUCGUCGUCCCCCACCACUGUUCCAAAAUCCUAUCUGCGUCCUUGCUCCCCCCAAAAUUUCAACAGUUUUAAAGACUUGCACCAGUUUCAAUCAAAUAGAAACUUCGCAUGUUACUUUAUGUUUGGUAUUUCUAAUAUGUGUAUAUGAUUUGAUAAGGUUUUUGAUAAGGGGGGGGUGGUGAGUGUGACUUUUAGCACACAGCCCCACUGGCCCGGAGUUCUUCACUUAGACCAGCACAAUGUGUUAUCAUGAGAAUUUAGUAGCAUUUCAUGAAUUAAAAGCACUGAAAUAAUAAUUAAUUUAAAAAGGUUCACUGACAAUGAACCUGAUCAUAGUCAAUUAUAGCAUUUUUGUGGAAAGUAUCAAUAAAAAAAGGCAUAUUUAUUAACAUUUUGUUGUUGAAUCGUUCCACCGAUUUGUAUUUCGUUAGGUAAAUGUAACAUGGUUUAUGUUAGCUAACAUGAAUUUAAUAUUGUUCUUUUAACCAACAGAAUACAAUUGUGUGGAAACAGAUGACCAUCAGAAUGUUUUGAGUAAAAACAUAGAUUUGUACAGUGUUUACUUUUAUUUGUAAUAUUCUGAGUGCAAGAUCUGCCUCUUUGUGGAGCUUCGCAAAUAUUCAGAGCUCGUGCGUGUUCUCAAUUUGUCCAACUUGCUACUAAAUGUUUAUGACAACACCAGCGACCCCCUUUUAGGUCACAAACUCGUGAUUUUGUGGCUUUAUUUUUUUUAAACAAAUGCGCCUACUAGAUUUGGUACUGUUAAACACUUAAACAUUGUGAUUCUUAGCGCUCCUUUAGCACUGCUUGUUAUGUCACUAUAAAAACUAGUGGGACCACUCGCUAAUGUCUCAUUAAUGGGGUUCAUAAUCUUAAAUGUUGUUUGUUAUUUUGUCAGUUUUGCUUUUGUGGCCAUUGUCAGUUAUCUCUCCUGCUUCUUCAGGCAAUGCAAGAAUGUUUGGAAAAAAUAUGUGACAUAUCUGAUAUACAGUGUAUAGAAAAUCAUCUUGCAUGUGCCAAACAAAUGUGCUAGCCUUUUGGUGCACUAGUUGUAGUUUUUGUGUCAACCUCUCCGGUCGUGAACCACACCUGGUGCUGGCCACAUAACAACACACAAGCACUGUUACCUGACUAGCUUGUCACAUUCACGCACCAGACAAACAACAUAAAGUACACGGUGCUUCCAUUUGCCUCCUGACUAGCCUCAAAGCCUCAGGCUGACUUUGGUCUGAACACAUUUCAACUCGUGAAACAUAUGAUUGAUUUGACAUCCACGUGGAAUAUAAGUGAGGCAAAGUAUACCUUGUGGAGCACAACAACUUCAUGCUUUUUCUGAGUUGGCUCUAUUCAGUAACAAAACACAAGUCCAUCCUUGUAGUCGAACCCCAUGCCUUGCUUCCCAAUAUGCUUUCGUCACAGAAAAGUCAAACUAGUUGAAAUGACAGUAAGUGUGAACAUGGAGCAAACAAUUCAAGCUCUCCCUGCAUGUGUGCCUUUCCCAACUUCUUUCCUUUCCUGUGGUUAUAUGCAACUUUCUUCAGUUUGAAUUCUAACAUCAUCACAUGGUGUUCCAUGCCACGUGCGAGAUGAGCGGCCGUGUUGGCCACUAAAUACUAAGCUUUUGAGUUGACCAAUAUAAAAUUUGGUUUGCUGCUUUAGAGCAUUUUUAAUGAAUAUUUUGAUAUCAGAUCCUGAAAAGUAAUAACCAUUUUCCCAACUUUUACUGGACAAUAAAUAACAUUGCAGAUGUUGGUCCUCAGCUUUCCCAUAACCUUUUCAAUACUAUUCUGGCUCAUUAGAACAAUAUGGACACAAAACUGAACAAAUACUCAAAACUGAAGCAGCAAACUUGAGUCAUUGUAUAAUUUGUGUGCUUCUCCUACAUUCACCUGCAUUCCAUCACUACAAUGAAAACAUAUUUCUCUGCGUUGUCGUUUUAUAACAAAGAAAACGUGAUUUUUAUCAGAUCUGAAAAUGGAACCACUAAAUGUGGAUAUAAAUGCUUUUUGUUGGACAGUGAUGAUAUGCAUGUGAAUGGCUGGCAGGGGAAUUAAUAAACUAGUGUAAAAAUAUGCAAGAACAUGUUCAAUAGCUCAUUUUAGGGACAUAGAAAAGGAAGCCGCUGAUACGUGUGAAAAGAAAACCGAAAGUGGCAAGUGUGUUAAAUUGUUUUGUUUUUUUAAUUUUUGCCUAGUUUAAUCUUCUUUGAAGGAUCCUUCUCGUUCUUCACAUUCAACUCACCUCCCAACAACUUCUUAUGCUCCAUCCUCAUUGCCUGUGUCUCGUUAAUCCAUCCCCCUAUCAACAGUUUCCACACAUAUAGCACCUGUUUAGGGGUCUUUUGAUUUCCUUAAUUUACACAUGCAUGCACCCACACACAGCAUGUAAAUUGUCAACUUUUUCCUUUGUUGUUCUAAAUCCCCGAACUAGAUUUUAACAGCCAUGGACAUCUUGGUGUUUUACAUUGUUUACAUUUGAGUCUUUUUUUUUUUCUUAAUUUAAUUAUGGCCAGAUACUAAUGAAGUCAUCUUAAUUGUAAAGUGUGAGUGAGUGAUCUAUUUUCUUUCUUACACGACUGCUCCUUUACUGUUAGUGCGUGAUAAGGCUUUAGCUAAAUCCUGUGGUCCUUUCAAAGAAAUUAGUUAAUGCGAGUUAAGAGAGGUGAAGGACGUGUCAUCUUUUUGAAUGGGGACAGGAAUGCCUUUUUGCCGAACUCAUUACACAAUCUCUAACUGUCAUUUUUCAUAAACAUCUUCCAGUAAAUGCCUAUGUAGACAGUAAAGGAAGGAUUACUCUGUAUUGUGCAAAUGUUUGGUCUUUUUCCUUGUCAGCCUGAAACCUUUAAAAUGACUGAGCAACCUACCUUGUAACUCUGAUUGUGUCAUUUGUACCUAAUGUAUGAUAAUGCAAAUAAAAGUAAGGAAACUGAAGUUCA